AUGGCAGAGAGGCUCAUUAGCGCCGAGGAAGUCGUGAAGCAUACCACGCCCGAGAGUUGUUGGGUGGUGUUGUACGGGAAUGUCUAUGAUGUAACCGAGUUCCUACCGUCGCACCCCGGCGGUUCCAAGAUCAUCUUACAGCUCGCCGGUCGAGAUGCGACGGACGAGUACGAUCCCAUACACCCUCCGGGUACACUAGAGGAAAAUCUUAAGCCUGAGGCUAAAUUGGGUCGAAUUGACCCUCAGACUAUAGUCCAGGCCAGCAAACCAGCUGCUAAGGAGGAAAAUAAGGAUGUAGAAGGUCCGCCACCUAUGGAGAGUCUACUAAAUCUCAAUGAGAUAGAGGAGGUUGCUACGAAACGUAUGCCUGAAAAAGCAUGGGCCUAUUAUUAUUCUUCCAGCGAUGACACAAUUUCCAAGUCUUUUAACAAUGCUGUUUAUAAGGACAUCCUACUGCGGCCACGAGUCUUCAUCGACUGUACUAAAUGUGAUUCUUCUACGACUUUGCUAGGACACAAGGUCGACAUACCGAUAUUCGUCGCACCAGCCGCGAUGGCCCGAUUAGGCCAUCCCGACGGUGAAGCCGGCAUUGCUCGGGCCUGUAGCCGAUUCAACGCUCUCCAAGUGAUCUCGAACAACGCCUCCAUGACGCCUGAGCAAAUCGUCGCAGACGCAAUACCAGGGCAGAUUUUCGGCUGGCAGCUGUACGUGCAGAACGACCGGGCCAAGAGCGAAGCCAUGCUAGCCCGCAUCAACCGCAUGUCCGACAAGUUCAAGUUCAUCUGUCUGACGCUAGACGCGCCGGUCCCCGGCAAGCGCGAGCUCGACGAGAAGCAAAACUUCAAAAACGCCGUCAAGGUCGCCUCCGGGGUCAAGACCUCGGACGAGCCCAACCGGCCUGGCGGCGGCGGCGUGGGACAGCAGCUCUUCUUCGGCACGGCGUCGGAUCUCACGUGGAAGAUCACGCUGCCGUGGUUGGCGAAACACACGGAUUUGCCGAUCGUGCUGAAGGGUAUACAAACCCACGAGGACGCGUUCCUCGCGGCGAAGUAUGCGCCCCAGGUCAAGGCUGUUAUACUGUCGAAUCAUGGUGGGCGCGCGCUGGAUACCGCGCCGCCUGCUGUGCAUACCCUGCUGGAGAUCCGCAAGCACUGUCCGCAGGUGUUUGAUCAGAUUGAGGUUUGGGUUGAUGGCGGUAUUAAGCGCGGGACUGAUGUGGUUAAGGCGCUAUGUCUGGGUGCUCGGGGUGUAGGAAUUGGCCGGCCUGCUCUAUUCGGGCUCGGAGCUGGGGGACAGAAGGGUGUUGAAAGGACGUUGGAGAUUCUCAAGGCGGAGACAGAGACAUGCAUGAGGUUGCUUGGUGUAGAGAAAGUGAGCGACCUAAGUCCGAGACAUAUCAACUCUAGGAAAGUUGAGAGGGAUAUCUUUGACGGGGAUGCGGGACUAGAGACGUUCGGCUUGUGGGAUAAAGUCAAGUCUAGGCUAUGA